AUGAAUUUUGAAAAGUUUUGUAAUAAAAGGGAUAAUGGUAUUAUCAAUAAUAAUGGUCAUAAAAAAUCAAAAUCUUUAGCAAGUAUGGUAUUCGGUGAAGAUAUAAUUGAUGAUACACCAGAAUCUCACGCAACAUUGUCAAAAGCUAUUGAAUUAAAGAUCGAACAAGAACGAACUAAACAACAUUAUUAUCGUUUAGAAAAUACAAAUAAAACUAUUGAAUUAUUACAAUUAACUUCAAAAUUAGGAGUAUCUGUUGCUGAAAUUUCUGCAUUAUUAUCGCCAGUUGCAACACAGAGCCAAAUAAAUGAAAAUAUUCCAAAUAAUAAUGAUAAACCUCAACAAUAUAAGUUCCCUGCUGUAAACCAAGAACGUUUAACGGUACCGCCAAAAAGUAUGCAUAGACGAAUGAAUUCCCCUGCAAGAAUUGGAGCUAAUGCAAUUGCUUCUUUAGCUGUAGAUAACAAAACUUCGGAAAGUACAACUAUAAAAGAGGAAGAAACUUCACAGUUUAGAGAAGAUGAUGACAAUAGUAAUCAAGCCAUUUCACCAUUAAGUAAAAAAUUACCAACAUUUCAUAAUUAUACUACUACAGAUAGACAUCUAAGACAUACAAGAAAUAUGUCAUUACCUUCAAUGAAUAAAUUUGUUAAUAAUAGUAAUAGUAAUAACAAUAUUAUUAACACUGAUAAUAGUUCAGCAAUAAAUACAACUAAUUCACAAAAUAUACCUGAAACUAUGACUUCAAUUUUAAGUUUUAACAAUACAAGGAAUGACCCUUUAUUAGAAAAACCAAAACCUGAAUCUGCACGUCCAUCAAGUAUUCGUAUGUUAGAGAAAUCUGGAAGUCGACCAUCUGGACAAUCGAAACGAACAUCUGGAUUAAUUCAAAAGAAACAUAGAAGAGCUAAAUCCGCAUCUGGAUCCUCGGCAUUUGGUGUCAUUGAUUUAAAUGUUAUUGAGGAUGCUAAAAGGAAAAUAAUAGUAGAUGAUGCAAAGAGGAAAACAAUUAUUGCAAACAUUCUUGCUAAUGGGAAAUAUAAUCCAAAUGCAAAUACGAGUACUACAAUACCCUUGAAUAAACAACCGAAAACGGAUAACUCGUCAAAGGAAGUCUCUGAAAAUCAAAAUAAUAAUGACGUUGAUGAAAAGACUUGCAGUGAGAGUAGUAGCAGAUGUGAAAGUCCUGUUCGUUAUACCAAUCAUACCCACACAGUUAAUUCGGUACAGAGACUUCUGAACGAUUAG